AUGCCGGCCUAUCCGUCGCCCCUUGCAUGGAUUGGUGAUUUGCUCACCUCCGUUUUUAAUGUCAACGCUGCGAUGUGGAAUAAUAGCUCAGGCCCAAGUGUGGUAGAGAAUACUCUCCUGCGCUGGCUUGCGGAGCAGGCUGGACUACCUCCAUCCACCGCGGGGUGUUUCGUGUCUGGUGGUUCAAUGGCCAACAUGACUGCAGUCGUCAUGGCCCGAGACAACAUGCUUCCUCAAAACCGUCGAUCCGACGGAGUGGUCUAUAUCUCCGAUCAAACACACAUGUCUCUUGCCAAGGGGCUGCAUAUGGCUGGAUUUUGCGAUUAUCAAAUCCGCACCCUUCCGACCGACCAAAAUUUCCGUUUCGACCUUGAAUCUCUCAGCCAGGCAAUCCUCACAGAUAAAGCAAGCGGACUGCUACCCUUUCUUAUUGUUGGGAGCUGUGGAACUACAAAUACCGGCAGCAUUGAUCCCCUCCAUGGCCUCGCCGAUUUGGCCGAGAAACAUUCAAUGUGGCUUCACGUCGAUGGUGCCUACGGUGCUUCAAUCUCUCUUUCUAAAACUAACCGUUAUCUUGCCGAUGGACUUGGGCGAGCAGAUAGCGUUUCCUGGGAUGCUCAUAAAUGGCUUUUUCAAACCAUCGGGUCGGGUAUCCUCUUGGCUCGAGAUGGCCGGAAACUUGAAAAGAGCUUUAGCAUGGAGGCCGACUAUAUUCGAACGACAAGAGCACCAGAUGGAUCGACGAGCUUCUAUAAUGUUAGUCCUGAGCUCAGCCGCCCGUCGAGAGCUAUGUCGCUUUGGUUCACUUUGAAGGUCUUGGGACAUGAUCGUAUCGGGCAGAUGAUUGACCAAGGAGUUAUCCUUGCAUCUACUGCGGAGCACGAGCUCCGUCGGCUUGGAGACUGGGAGAUUGUUUCCCCUGCAACUCUCAGUGUUGUUGUAUUCCGAUACAGCCCCUUCGGUCUUGUUAUCGACGAGAAAGAGCUCGAUGCCAUGAAUGUCGCAAUUUCUAAGCGACUAAUCGCAGAAAACAUCGCUGCCAUCUUCACUACAAAACUUCGUGGUUGCACUGUUCUUCGGCUAUGCGUGAUUAAUCCACUGGUGCAGCAGGAAAAUGUGAGGAGAAUUAUUCAGCAGAUGCAUCGAAUUGCCCAGAAAGAAUUGGCACUGAGGCCUGGCCUCAUGGAGUCUUUAAUUUCUCCAAUUUACUUGCGUCCUGAAAGUCUCACCACGGCGACUGCCCAGCCCAUCGCUCAGCAGGAGUGA